CCCUGCACGCCCUUAGACAGACUCGAAGGCAGGGCGUUCCCCCCAAUGUGGACGUCGCGGAAAGCAGACAGGUCAAGAAACCGCUCCCUUUUAUUUGACACAUACUCUUAAGCCAGUCCUCUUUAUUAUCUACACGCACACAUUCUCGAUUCUAUUUUUUUAAUUCAAUUCAAGCAUCCUAUUAUUUUUCACGACUUUUUGGAAAACCGAGAUGUAAGCGGACAGGUCGUUCCGUUCCACCGCCGCUAUGCAGAGCCCCAGGAAGGAACACCUGUAUAAGGUUCUGGUUAUCGGAGACCUCGGGGUCGGUAAGACUUCCAUCAUAAAGCGUUAUGUCCACCAAACUUACUCAACCAACUACCGCGCUACCAUCGGGGUGGACUUUGCUCUUAAGGUGCUCAACUGGGAUUCUGAGACCGUCCGUCUUCAGCUAUGGGACAUUGCAGGCCAGGAGCGGUUUGGCAACAUGACGCGCGUGUACUACCGCGAGGCCAUGGGGGCAUUCAUUGUGUUUGACGUGACGCGGCCCACCACGUUCGAGGCAGUUGCCAAGUGGAAAGAGGACCUAGACUCCAAGCUGAUGCUGGCCAAUGGACAGAGCAUCGCAACGGUGCUGCUGGCCAACAAGUGUGACCAUGGCAGGGAUGUGCUCACAAACAACGCCAUCAAGAUGGACCAGUUCUGCAAGGACCAUGGUUUUGUGGGCUGGUUCGAGACCUCUGCCAAGGAGAACGUCCAUAUCAACGAAGCAGCCAACUUCUUGGUGAAGCACAUCAUGUCCACCGAAAACGACAUCCUGAAGUCGGUGGUCCCAGACACAAUCUCCCCACAGCUCAACUCCACCAAGCAAGUCAACUGCUCUGCCUGCUUCAAACCCUAGAGGGUACUGACAGCUGGGGUUGGCGAGAUGGGGUCAGGGGUGAGAAACAAAACCCAGAAACACUUUGUGUUCAAUACAAUGGCGGAACCCUGGACUGCUCGGAACAUUUCCUUUCUGAGGAGACAAAUGGACUGGUCUUUUUACGAAACUUUAAAUUAAUUCAUAAUUCUUGUUACUAUUGUCACGUGAGAAUGUUGCACAAAGGAGUUUUUUAUGUUUUUAAAAUAUAUUUGUCUAGCAGUACUAGGAUCUGUGGUUGUGGUCAACACUGUGGUUGGAGGAUAUGGGAUUAUCUGUAUGGUCCAUGCUAUGAAGCAGAGAGGCUGAAGUUCUAAAUCAAUUAAUUAAUUAUUCAAGUUCCCUGAAUCAAUUCAUAUUAAAUCAUCCCCAAUAACAAUAGAUUCCAUUCUACCAAAACAAAGAAAACGCUUUUUGGCAAUUUCCUUAAGAGGUCAUUUAGUGAGUCAAGCCCUUUCUGUAGUAAGUACUUUGGUAUCCAUGGUGACAGAUUUAAAUCUUGUGAUGGCUUUUUUUCCUGUCUGCUGAGGUAGAACACAGCGUUCAAUGUGCAGUACAUUUUGUAAAAUGUUUACACAGGCUGUACACACAGACACAUUCCCGCACACCUUCACACACACACAGAUAUGCCAUCACACACAAACACACACUUUCAUGACAUUGAGGGGGUGUGAGCCUGUGGAUAGCGAAAGCUAACAGGAGACGAAACACCGCCUCUUACAUGGAACCAUCCAUGUCUCUCUUUCCCUCUUCUCUCUCCAAUAAACACACCCUUUUCCCUCCUCUGACCAAUCUCUCUCCUCAUGAACAUUAAAUAUAUAUACACACACACAUAUAUAGAUAUACCUAUACAUGUAUACAUAUAUACAUACAUUAUCUUAUAGAAAAUGCCUAUGUAAUAUAGACUACAUACAUUAUAUUACAUAAACCCAGCUCCCCCCUCCCCGGCUCUCCAACUCAUGCUAAUGUGUUUGUUGAUCCUCCUCGUCUCAAAACAGGUCGCUAGUGCAUGUCAGAGAAGACUUUUUACUUCGUCUGUUUCUUUCUUUUUGUGGCAAUUUCUUUUUUCUAUGCUGACUUUUUUUUGUGUGUGUAUUUAACUGGUUAGGGUUUAGGUUAGGGUUUAUUCAAUUUCUUGAAUAUGUAAAGAUAAUAUAUAUUAAAAAGAAAGCAGUAUGGUUCAUUUUGUUGGUCUGUGCAAGCCGUUAUAGCCUCAACUUAGUCAAAGAGAUAAGGUCCUAUGAGACUAAUGAACAGAAAGAACAAAACCAAUUUCAUGUUGCUGAAAUUAAUUCGUUUCAAGUAAUUGUUAUUUUUGUAUUGCCAAGAUUGUUGGACCCAUGAGUUGCACAAUUUACCGUAUGUCUGAAUGAAUGGUAAAAAGGUUUGUCCUCAUGACCAUAAUGUGAGUGUUUUAUUGUGUCAGCCCAGUCAGGCUGGUAAAGUGUUAUACCAUGUGCUUGUGUUUUUUUCCCCAUGUAUAAAAUUUGA